AUGCCAAACGUAUUGCCCAUUAGUGGCAGCCGGAUCGAAUUAAAUCCGAGAGACCAUCGAAUUAAAUCUCGAAGAAAUAGUAGUCGGAUCAGUCCACCUCCACAUGCGCAGGAAUUUUGGCUGCUCAGAAAGAGAGAGCGAGCAUAAGGACAGAGAGAUAAUGAAGCUCCGAGUGUAUGUCGAUCGAAUCUCCCAGCCAUCUCGCGCUAUCCUCAUCUUUUGCAAGAUAAAUGGGAUUGACUUUGAAGAGGUUAAAGUGAACCUUGCAAAGGGUGAACACAGGCGACCUGAAUUUAAAGAUAUAAACCCUAUGAAACAAGUUCCUGCUGUUGUUGAUGGGAAGCUCAAGUUGUUUGAAAGCCAUGCAAUCUUACGGUAUCUUUCUUGUGCAUAUCCUGGAAUUCCAGAUCACUGGUACCCAGCUGAUCUCUCCAAGAGGGCAAAAAUUGAUUCUGUCUUGGAUUGGCAUCACUCCAAUCUGCGUCGUGGUGCAGCUGGGCUUGUUUUUAAUAGUGUGUUAGCGCCUGCACUGGGCUAUCCCUUGAAUCUGGAAGCAGCAGCAGAUGCUGAGAAGAUUUUGAUAUAUUCACUUUCAAAGAUUGAAUCUGUUUGGCUUCAUGGAAAUGAAAAGUUCUUGGUAGAUGGUCUUCAACCUUCAAUUGCAGAUCUUAGUCUUGUUUGUGAAAUUAUGCAAUUGGAAGUUUUGGGAUUGAGUGAACGAGACCGGAUUCUGGGCUCUUUCACCAAAGUGCAGAAAUGGAUAGAGAAUGUAAAGCAUUCGACUUACCCUCAUUUUGAAGAGGUCCAUGCUUUACUGUACAGAGCUGCAGAAAAGUUCCAGGGGAAGGAGGCAGUCGAGCCGCUACAUGGACUAGAGUCCAAAAGAAAGGAAUAUCUGAAGCCAAAGCUGUGAAGUGCCUGGGCGGAUCAUGGCCAUUAGAAUUAUGUAUGUAAUUGCAUGUAAUAACAAAACUUAAGUAUAAUUGCAUGUAAUAGCAAAAAUUAAGUAUUC